CACAGGGCUUGCGCCCUUCAGCCCUGCAGCAUUAGGUAAGGAUCUGAACCUUCACUUCAGCCCCGACUGGGGCUCCUGGACUUUGGGCCUCAAGGGGCGAUGAGGGGCUUGGGCCGCAGGCCUUGGGUGGAGGUGCUGGGGAGGGGCUUGGGAGGCUCUGGUGCCAAGGCUUCCUUCCAAGCCAAGCGCUGGGCGAAGAGAAGCAAGACCCCUCAGGUCUACAGCUUCUGUGUUAGGCCAGCACCUCAGAAUCCUUGACUUCUCUCUAGACAAGGGGGUGAAAAUGGCUCCUGGCCCUCAGUGAAGAAAGAGGGGUCCAAGGCUUCAAGGGACGAGGCUGGGAGAACAGGGUGGGGAUGGCAGAGAGUAAGGGGAGGCUGGAAAGGGGGACUCGGUGUCGCGGAGAGGUGCUCAGGGUCUCUCUCUCUCCACCCAACAUGGCCACCAUCCCUGUCAAGACGGCCUUGGGCUCCUACAUGGGAGCCACAGCAGCGGGUGGUGAGGGAUUCCGGCCUUGGGCUGGAGAGGAGGCUGGGGUCCCAGGCCUCUGGUCUGGCUCUGGAGGGCAUCAGGCCAGGGGUCAGAACCGGGGACUAGGGUGAGGCCUCCUGAGUGGCCACGGUCUCCACCUGAGUGCCCCCAAACGUGGGGGCGACGGGGUGGAGCCGGGUGGGGGGGGGGAAGGGAAGAGGGAACCAAAGAGGAAGUGGGGGAGGGAGGCCGGGUCUGGCGCCAUGCUGAGUCACCGCCCACAGGGCCCGGGCGGGCAGGGUGCCGGGCCGGAGGGCAGGGGGUCGGGGCCUGGGGCGCAGGGGGAGGCCCGGGGGGCCGUCGGGCCGGAGCCUGGAGGAAGAGCCGGCGGCCUGAAGAGCUCUGCAGACGGACAGACAGACAGUGCAGUCACCCAUAAAGUAGAAAGCACUACUAACAGCACUGGAGGGUGUAGUGUUUCCUACUUUAUGGAUGAGUGUACUGUGGGCUUCGGAGACCACGCCGCCGCCGCCGCCGCCGCCGCCGCAUCCCCGCCAUCAGGACCGCGUGCGACAGGUGAGCCCCGCGGGCGCCCCCCGCGCGCCGCCCGCACCCCCGAACGGCCGCCCCUGCCCGCCGUGGCCCGCGCCGAAACGCGGCCUGGGCUCCUCGGCUGCCCCGAGGGCCGGCAGGUGGACGUCUGGACCCAAUGCAGCCGCAGAGGCGGCCCCGCAGCGGCCCGGCCGUCGGCGGACGGAUGCCGGAUGAGCAAGAGGCGGGAAAGGGGAGGAGAUGCCGUGGAGGCGGGAGCGGUGCCCGGGACCCCGACACUAAUAAAGAGUGGACUCCUCUCUUGUCUGAGACUCUCUUGCUGGGUGCGGUGGGGCGAAUGGGCUUAGCAGGCACAUGGAUGCGCAGAAUGGUCGGAGGGAAAGUCACUCUCUCCUGAGAGAAAUGGGUUUGGCUCUGCCUAAGAGACCAGAAGGGAGCUCUGGGCCUGGUCGGCUGGUGGCCUGCGGAGGGCCAUCCCCGGGGGAAGACCUCCCUGCAAAGGAGGAAAGCGGGCAGGACAUCAAGGGCAGGGCUCUGAGGACCUCCUGCCCUUCACCCGAGCUCCUGCCUUUUGCUGCCCUCCACCUGCUUUUCACACCCACAGACAAAGGCUGCCUACUUUAAGCUGUAAUCUCAGAAAGUCUAGGGGCUCCUUGGUAGUCUAAGAAUUGGGAACAAACUCACUGUGGCUCACACGCAGAAAGCAUCUUAUACAUAAGAGAAGGGCACAGAUGCUAAUAUACAAAGCACACGCCAGCACAUGAGUGCAGCCACAC